GGUCGUUGUGUGAUUUAAUGAUAACAAUAAUAGUAUUACUAACAAAUAAACAAACAUAUAACAAUUAAAAAAUGUUAUUAACAUAUUUCUUAUCGAAGAACAUUAGUACUGAAGUUAGGUUAUCGUAUCAACGGUUAAGUAUUACGUUUAAUACAGUUAGAUUAAGUUCCAGUUCAUCAUCAUCAGAUUCGUCUGAUUCUGAUUCUGAUUCUGAUUCGGAUUCUCGUAAUAAUGGCAAACAACAAAUCAAGAAAUCAACUAACAGAAAAAGUAAUAUAGGCGAUGAUAAUGAUGUUAAGUUCGAGAAUUUGAUAAAUAAUACAUUAAAGAACAAACCUUCAAAGAAUAUAGAUAUCAAGAUAAAUGUGGCAAAUAGGGAUAUAAAUUUAGAGAAAAAAAUAUUCAGAGCAGCUAAUAAAGUAACUACAACACAUACAGCAAAUAGAGGAGGAAUUCUUUCGUCGUUAUUGGAAAGUAUUUCUGAUACUAAAAAACGUUUUCCUGUUGGAAAAAGAAAUCAGCCGCAAUUUGUUGAAAAAAACAAACAUCAAACUAAAACGUCUAAAUAUACUUCUAAUUUUGGUAAUGUAUCAAAUGUCCCACGAUCCGGUAUACUGCAUGAAUUGAAACAAGGGAGAGAUACAGUAGCCAACAAAUCAAAAUCAAUAAGUAAGAUGCUUCUGGAUAAUAGUAAAAACAUAGCAAAAAAGGGGGAGGAAAAAGAAAUGUUUCGUACUAGAGAUGGGACAAAUGAAAUAGUUGACAAAAAUUACCCAGAAAUUUUUACGAUAACCGAUGCACCAUCCUCAAGUAUUCUUGAACUUAAAACAUGGGAAAUGUGUGAAGCAAAUGAAAUAAAAUUGUCGGAAAUUUCGUUUCCUGAAAAUGGAUUUCAAGAAAUGGCGCGAUGGACGGAAGAAGGGAAAUUAUGGAAAUUUCCGAUUGACAAUGAACAAGGAAUGGAAGAAGAACAUAACGUGCAUUUUUCAAAACAUGUGUUUCUGGAACAUCAUUUGACAGGAUGGUGUCCUACCAAAGGCCCAAUACGACAUUUUAUGGAAUUAGUUUGCAUUGGGCUUUCAAAAAAUCCAUAUAUAACAGUCGAAGAAAAAUAUGAGCAUAUAAUGUGGUACAAAGAAUACUUCCAAGGUAAAAGUGAUUUGUUGCAGAAAUUAGGGAUCGGGGAGAUUACUCCGCAAAAUACAGAAAAACAAAAUAAAAUAGAGUAAUGAUGUUAACUUGUUUUGUAUAUAAUCAUUUUUAAAUUACAAAAAUGCAAUAA